AUCAGCCCUGUCCAACACACAAAGACACCAGGCUUCAAGCAACAGACAAAUCACCCGUCAACACUCUUCUCCUCCUACAUCUUCUUCAUCUUCCAGUUUAAUCUCUGAAAUCCCUGAGAUCCAUACUCCGUUUGCCAUACAUCUCCACCCAAUCUCCACCACCCACCUACUUACACACUCUCUCUCCUCUACACUCACCCACAAUGGCCCGGUCACUGGAUACCUACGACCGAAUCGCCAUCGCCGAAAUAGUCGUCUACGCCUUCUUCCUCAUCGGCGGCGUUUUCCUUUGUUUCAAGCAUGGCCUCAAACGCAGCUCUGGUUGGCGCUUCCUCGUCAUCCUCGCUCUCGCCCGCCUCAUCGGUUCAGCCAUGCUCCUCGCCACCAUCAAUGACCCUACCAACGAGAGCCUCUACAUCGGCUGGAUGACCCUUAACGGCGUUGGCUUUGGUCCCUUGAUCCUGAUGCUCCUUGGUCUCCUCGGAAGACUGUUCGAGUCGAUUAAUCGCGAGGGCCGUGAGAUUGUCAAGCCACUCUACCAGCGCCUGAUUUCACUUCUCAUGGUCGUCGCCAUGAUCCUGCUCAUUGUUGGCGGUACCCAAGCCGACUACACCAUUGUCAACGGAACCCCCAAGAUCACCUACACGCCUGAGAGCCGUGCGGGUGUGGCUCUUAUGAUCGUUGUUCUGGGUUUCCUCGUCAUCGAGACGCUCCUUGUCAUCCGCAACCAGGGCUACAUCGCCGAGGGCGAGCACCGGAUCCUCAUUGCCGUCCUGGCUUCGCUCCCUUUUGUCAUUGUUCGCCUCAUCUACACCUGCGUUCUGAUCCUCGGCAACAAGUCCCAGUCGGUCUGGUUCUACCUCGCCGGCGGAGUUAUCAUGGAGAUGAUGGUUGUUCUCAUCUGCGAAACAGUCGGAUUCACCCUGCAAAAGGUACCCCCCACGACCAAGGCCCCGGAAACCGAGCAGCCGUCUUACAAUGCAUAAAUGUAGCAAAGGGACGACAAGGAGAAGGAGAGGGAGACAUGGGUGCCUCUGAUGGAUCAGAGGACUCAAUACGGCCCUGUUAAUCAGUGAAGAGAAGUUGGGGGGUUUGAUAGAGCGUCGGUGUUGUGUAUAUACAAGGCGUUUUGAUGUAUUAUAGCCAGAUAGAUUUGAUCGUUUCUAUCUUUUGACCUCGAAUCAAGACAUACUCUACUAGGUAUCUUUGAUGCAUCAAUCCUGGAAACCCGACGUUCCCCUGUCUAUGUCUAGGACU